AUGGCAGGUGUCCGAGAGGCUGACCAGCAAGGUGUUGUGCUGGCCCAAAACGUGCGGGACAUGAUCAGCCAGUGGCUAUCAGUGAAUGCUCCAAAAAACGAGCCUGAGCACCCAUCUCCACCUGCUCCACCUGCCUCUGUUCCAGAGCCAGCACCUCCUCCAGGACCGCAGAGCAAACCGAAGGAACCUGCGGCUCCGGCAACUACUGCCGAGCAGCUUCGCAGUGCCCUGUUGAGGUUUUUCGAGCUCGCUCCGAAGGGCAGCGAUGGAGCUGCUGGGCUGGGGAUUAUAGAAGGAGAUGACGGCCGCAGGUAUCUGCCAUUGCCAAUGCUGGGCCGGGCAGUCGGCAUCACUGGGGAGGACUUUGAGGUUGCCAUGAAAGCAUGGAACGUAGUCAAUGAGACACCGCCGGGCACCUUCAUGAUGACGGAGGAUGCAAGAGCAGUUGGAUUGGUUGAGUGGGCAGGAUGGGAGGAAUUUGCAAGCUCCCUGGAUGUCAUCGUGAAAGGGACUCGGGAUCCGGCUUUCGAGCCGCGGUCCAUUCAGGGGCAUGUGGCUCGAGCUGCUCGUGGAGCUGUGCGGUCAGGGCCACUGCGACAACCAGAUGUGCUGCGAAGACUUCAGGAGCUCUCAUCCGAGAAUCUUCCUGAGGAUGCAGCUCCCGCUCUGAGAAGCGCAAUUCUUCGAAGAGCUCGACUUGCCCUUGCGUGCCUGGUCGAUGCUAUCGCUUCGCAAGGUCUUGGACCUCAGGCAGGCGUGGACUCCAUGGGAUUAGUGGGACAGCUUCCCAGGACUUUGUUCGGUAUCAUUUUCGACAACAUUGACGAUCGAGAUCGUGGAGCUUGUGCUUUCUUGGGAGAGAUUCUUCAGUCCUGGGAUCGUCGGCGGUGCUUCUCAAAGCGCUGGCUGCAGGAUGCGGCAGGAAAGUUCUCUAUGCCAAAAGGGGCAAACUCCGAGCGGGACGAGAGACGCGGCUGGUACGCGUUGACUUCGGAAAACCUGCACAAAAAGCCUGCCGAAGAGGACGGAGGUGCUGCAGGAAAUGCUCAAACAUUCUUAAGCACGGAUGAUGCACCGCGCCCGGAGGCUGUGCCACCGGAACCUACGAAGAAGGAUUCGAGGAGGACGGAGACGCGGUCACGGAAGAGCCGCAGUCGGAGCCGUCGGAGAAGUCGCAGCCGGAGUCGUCGGAGCCGGAGUCGUCGGAGCCGGAGUCGUCGGAGCCCACGCAGAAGUCCAAAAAGCCCUCGCAAAGAAAAAGAGAGCAAAGAGAAAGAAGCAAAGCCUCCGAAAGAGACUCCGAAAGAGACUCCGAAAGAUGAGGCUCCAGCGACGCAAGCCGAAGCAGGUGCCACAGAAGGAGCUGACAGUGAAGCAAAGAAGAAGAGACGAGUCUUGCAACAGGACGAUGAUGAUGAUGAGACGGUAGCGAAGCGUUUGGAGGUUGCUUUGGACGGCGUAUCAAAAGGCCAGGAGAGCAAGUUCCAGCGUAUUUCUGAGCAGAGAGUGGCAGGGCCGAGCUGCGAAAACCGGGAAGCCAGCGAAGAGACGGUGGUUGAGGAGAUCUAUGCCAAGCUCAAAGAAAGUGGUUUUGAUUCUAAGCAGGUGACUACCCUGGAGUUCAAUUCUUUCCUGGAGCGGAAGCUCUGGCCAGGUUUUGAGGCGGAAAAGGCAAGUCUUGCGCACUUGAUAACCAUCGCGCUUCUCAUCAACGAGAAGGUCCGAGAUGGAAGUGUUUCUGCAUGGGACUCCGUGGCUGCCCGCAAAGAGAAGUUUUCGGGCUACUUCGAGAGUAUGCUGGAGCUGUGGAAGUCUGGGCGGUUGACACUUCGGGAAAAGUCUCACGUCCUUCAGUUCCUUAUCAACUGCUUCCAGAGCUUGGAGCAAGACUUCGUCCGCGAGUGUUGCCUAAGGCUCACAGGCCUGCAGUCUUGGUUUCACUUGAAUGACCUCCACCGCGAGAAGCUGCUGUCUUUGAACAAGAAGUUGCCCGCAUUUUGGAAGAAAGUUCAGAAGAAGUAUGCUGAUCCCAAGACGCCCCAGGCUAAGCACGAGCGCAAUUUUAUGUCCGAACUGCUCGAUGAGUUCUUGGCUUCGCUGGAGAAGUUUGGAGAGCUUACUGACUUGGGAAUAGAGGAGCUUUCCUACCUAGAGCGCUGCAUCGAGCUGAUGAUCGAUUUGUUGGACCAGCUGCCUACGCGGCGCUUCUUCCGACCGCUGUUGGUGGACAAGCACGUUGUGGUGCGUUGCAGAGGAUCCAAAGUGGCGCAGCUGCCACAAGCUCGUCUAGUUAAUCAGCUGCUUGGAAUUCUCAGAUACUAUGAGAAUUUCGAGAUAGACGACACGACUGGGAAGCCACUCUCACGCCGUGAAGUCACAGAUCUCCACUACGAGCGCUUGCAGCUCCUGCAGAGAGUAUGCUUUCAGGAGUUUUCAGACAAUCCCAGCCUGAAGCAGAUCAUGCUGGUGCAUGUCGCGAAGCUAGACACCAGGGAAGCCCUGCUGGAACACUUCGAGCCUUUGCCGUUCGAAGUCCUGAAGGUACUCUGUGCCAAAGUCUGCUAUCUUGAUGUCUCCCGGGAUACCACGCUGGCAGCCAUGGAGCAGAAGGUGCGCGAUGCCAUUGCAGCACAGGAGGCUCAGGAGGCCGAGAAAGAUGCGGCAGCAGAGCCCAAAAAGAAGAAGCGGAAAAAGAAGGUGAAAACAGAGGAAGAAGAGCGGAUCUGCAAGCUUCUCGUGGAAAUUCUUGUCAACAGACUGGAACGCCCCGUGAUGCAGCAAGAUGACGUGAUGAAGAUGCCUUUGUACCCGACGGAGGACCUGAUUUGGGAUCCGAAUCUUGUCCCAGAAGAACACUACUCAGGUGACUACACCCUGGCACUUCCCAAGCUCAACCUGCAGUUCCUCACGAUACACGACUACCUGCUGCGAAACUUCAAUUUGUUCAGAUUGGAGUCCACGCAUGAGAUACGAGAUGACCUUCAAGAUCAAAUUCCCAGGAUGAAAGCUUCCGCCGACCAAGACGGUGGCACGCAUUUCUCCGGGUCCGGACGGAUGAUGGUGCCUUUGGGCGGGCUGGAAGUCAUGAACGUGAAAAGACCAAAAGUAGGAGAGGAGGUUCCAUCGGAAGUCCGGGCAGAAGUCCGCUGGUCUUUGACGGGAGUUCUGCCGCAGAUCCGAGAAGAAUGGGACACGCUCAGAGAGCACGAUGUGAUAUUCCUGAUCAGGAUCAAAGCACCAGAGGAGCCUUACGAUGGCAAGGUGGCCGACCUCACAGUGGCGGAGUUUCCUGAGAAGUUCGGUGUCGUGAGCGUGCGUGGAGCAGAGAUCACAGAGCUGCUUGACGACGAAGGCAAUGUCAUCAGCGAUCCGAACCCUGCAGAGCGCAAGACUCCCGUUGGAGACGGACGAGUAGCACGCGUGAUUUUGGACCCUGCGCAGUACCAUCAGGACUUGGAGGCCAUGGCGUCUGGGAAGACCGAGAUCUACAGCAACUUGAACCUCGUCCUGCGCCGCAAGCCGAAGGAGAACAACUUCAAGGCCAUCCUUCACACGAUCAGGAGCUUGAUGAACAACGAGGACACAGUUGUACCUGACUGGCUCCAUGACCUGUUCCUCGGAUACGGAGACCCCGGAGCGGCUCAGUACUGGAAGCUUCCAACCGCGCUGAAUGAAAUCGACUUCAGAGACACCUUCCUGGACGAAGACCACAUUUUGGAAUCCUUUCCCGAUGCUGAAGAUAUCGAUGUGCCGGAGGACUUGAAGAGGCCUUUUAAGUUGAAGUUCGAAGUCAAGGGCACAGGCGGUGCCACUCUAAGCUCCAAGAGGCCACAAGAACGAGUGGUCGCUUCGGCGUACACGUUGCCCAACAUGGGCCCGUAUCCAGAGUGUCUGCCGCGAGAGAACUCGAUCCGCUUUACGCCCGUGCAAGUGGAGGCAAUCCGGUCGGGCGUGAACCCUGGCUUGACCAUGGUCGUGGGACCUCCCGGGACUGGCAAGACUGACACCGCCGUGCAGGUUGUGAAUCUGCUUUUCCACAACUUCCCAGACCAGAAGAUCGUGCUCGUGGCACAUUCCAACCAAGCCCUGAAUGAUCUGUUCGAGAAAAUCGUGGCACUUGACAUCCCUGAGCGCUACCUGCUCAGACUGGGUCGCGGGAUUGAGGAACUGGACGCGAAGCAAGACUUCUCCAAGUGGGGUCGAGUCAACCACAUGUUGAAGCGCCGAAUAGAUCUGCUGGCUAAAGUAGAGCGAUUGGCUGACACCUUCGGUCUCUCUGGACAGGACGUGGCCUACACUUGCGAGAACGCGCAGCAUUUCUUUCUGCACCAUGUGCGGUACCGUUGGGAAGAGUUCCACAAGAAGCUGGGCAUGGUUGGAAAGAACGGUGCCAACAUCCACAAGGUUCUGGGAAAGACCGGGACGAAGAAGCGCCGCCUCGACGAAGAGGCAGCGGAGGCAGAUGGCAGGCAAAACGAAGACGAGAACAGCGAGGAGUUGAAAAAGAUACGUGAGCAGCUGUUGAGUGGCCAGAAGACCGUCAUCAGUGUCUUAUUUCCUUUCACAAAGUUCUUUGCGGAUGCUCCUCAGCCACUUUUCCCGUCAGAGUCCCACGAAGCAGACUUGGAAAUUGCCGAAGGCUGCUUCCGGUACUUUGAGAACAUGUUCAGGGAGAUUGAGGAAUGCCGUGCAUUCGAGCUUUUGCGGAAUGGCCAUGAUCGUGGUGACUACCUGAUCACAACGCACGCUCGAAUCAUUGCGAUGACUUGCACCCACGCUGCUCUUACAAGGUCAACAUUGGUGAAUUUGUCCUUCAAGUACGACAACCUGCUGAUGGAAGAAUCUGCUCAAAUCCUGGAAGUGGAGACGUUCAUACCGAUGCUGCUGCAGAAUGCGGAGAGCGGUGUCAGCAGGUUGAAAAGGGUGAUGCUAAUCGGGGACCACCACCAGCUGCCUCCGGUCGUCAAGAACCGGGCAUUCCAGAAGUAUGGGCACCUGGACCAGUCUUUGUAUGCGCGAUUCGUGCGCCUGAAGACGCCGACUGUAGACCUGAAUCUACAGGGUCGAGCGAGGCCCAACAUCGCCGAGCUCUACAGUUGGCGUUACAAAGACCUUGGCAAUCUGCCGAAUGUCCUAACGGACGACAGGUACCGGUAUGCGAACCCGGGACUAACUUAUGUGUAUCAGUUCGUCAACGUUGAAGACUUCGAAGGCCGCGGAGAAUCACAACCAACGCCGUACUUCUUUCAAAAUUUGGGAGAAGCUGAGUAUUGCGUAGCGCUCUUUAUGUAUAUGCGCCUUUGUGGAAUCCCCGCUCAGAAGAUCUCCAUCCUCUCGACCUACAAUGGCCAGAAGGCCUUGCUGAGAGAUGUGGUCAGGACACGGUGCUCAUGGAAUCCGCUGUUUGGAGAGCCUGCCAAAAUUACGACGGUGGACAAGUUUCAGGGACAGCAAAAUGAUUUCAUCAUAGUCUCGUUGGUGCGAACAAAGCACGUGGGGCACCUCCGCGAUGUCAGACGGCUGAUCGUCACGAUGAGUAGAGCUCGCUUCGGGCUCUACGUGUUUGGCAGGUUUUCGCUCUUCGAGAACUGCUUCGAACUCACUCCGGUAUUCAGCCGAUUUGCGAGACUACCUCGCGACUUGAGUUUGGAGUUGCACGAGCAGCCUGGCUCACUGCGGCUGCUUGAUGCAGAACCUCAGUCCACGAUAGUCCAGGACUUGCAUCAGAUGUGGACGUUGCUCCAGGUCAAGAUGAAAGCCCAAUUUCAGGACCUCUCAUCUCAGGCUUUCGCGUGA